ACCCACGCUGGUGAUGACGGCCCUCACGGCCACGAUCCAUCAGGAUGAGGUUUCUGCCUGGCAAAAGGUAGCCGUCUACCGCUGUCUCCAAGCCCUGUUGAACCACGGCCUGAAGGUGGGACCCACCUGCAGGUUCUUUGCAGUCACCUCUGGGCACCUGAGGAUGCCUCUCCUGGGGGAGGAAGGGCCCCGGAGGUUCCAGGCAGCCGCCAGCAACACCCUUGCAAGGUUGGCCCGCCACCACUUCAAUCCUGUCAUGACGGAGCUUCAGCACUACCUCAAACCCUUUGUGCAGCCAGACGAGUUCACCCUCCUCACUUUGGGAAAGAUUGCGGCCACCAACGUGUUCAGCUGCAUCCCCUUCUUGGGCAUCACCUUGACCACCCUGCAGACCGUCACCCGCUGGAUGGAGGAUGGCCAGAGGCGCCAGGCUCUCUGCAAAGCCUUGAAGCAGAUGUGCCAGGCCAUCCGGAUCUACCUGCGGAAGUGGGAGAGGAUCUCGUACCCCCGCAUCAGUGUCCAGCAGUUCUCCACUUAUCUCUUCCCACUCUAUGCCUGCAUCGCCCGUACCUGGCUCCCUGAAAGGGACCCCCUGGUGAAGCUGGCUGUGCUGAAGGCGCUGAGGCCCAUGCUGAGCAUCCUCCUGCCCAGGACGGACUUCCAGAUGGAGAUCCACCAGGAUAUCCUUCUGCUGGCAGCGCAGGGCGAAAGCAGCGUGGAGCCCUUCCUUGUCACGCAGAUACUGGCCCAGAUCUUGGAAGCGUCUCUCGUGAACAGCAACCCCAUCCCACGGACGCACGUGGAGCCCCUCGCGUGCACCCUGACCCGCCAGAUCAGCUCCGGAGAUCACCAGCACCCGCCCCGAUGGCACAGGCAGGAGAACUGCGCAGAGAUCUCCCAUAUCUUCUUGCAGCUGGCCCGCUUGCAUCCCUCGGAGCUGCUGAGGGUUUUCCAGAAGAAGCUGGAAGAAGGCCAAGAGGGCGUCCGCCUGGUGGUGCUCCGUUCGUUGUCCGAAAUCGUUGGCGCUCAGUUUCCUGAGCUCUGGAGCCGGAGGAUGCUUUGUGUGAAAGUGGUGAAAGUCGUUCUGGCUGACAAUGAGACCCAGGUCCGUCUGGCCACACUCCAGGUCAUUGGGCAGCUCCUGCGUGCUGGCUACUUGGAGAAAGUGGAAGGCUGGUCCUUGAACUACAUCUCUCUGCAGCUAGCCAUGUCUGCCCAUCGACUGAUGCACCCAACACAGAAGCUCCCUUUGGGUGGCCUGGAGGAGAAAGCGAUGGAGAGAGUCGGCACUGAGGCCCUCCAUGUUGCGGUCGCUUCAGGGAGACAAGGCAGCCAGGAGUUAUGGGUGCGUCUGCUGGACUAUGUCCUUCAGCCCCAUUACACCGGAGUGGCCACCCCUCUGUGCCACAGCCUGACCCUUCUGGCGGAGCAACGGUGGCGGAAGGUCCUUCAGAGUCCAGAUGGCCUGGAGGCAGGAAAUGUUCCGACUCCCCAGGAAUUGAUGGCUCGGCUCUUGAGCCUGGCGGUCUCCCCCUUGGAAGGAUCUGGCCGAGGGUCAGCCGCGCUGCUCCUGCUCAACGCCUUGCGUCCGGAGAUGUUUAAGGAUGUGGCCGAAAACUGGUGGGUGGAAGUGCCGAUCAUGGUCCGCUACCUGGAAGGGCGCACCAAGUAUACCCUGCCAUUGUCUGCAUGGGAGAAGAAGCUCUUGGAGUUCCUGAAGAAGUCCAUACAACAAAAGAGGAGCGGAAGAAUAGAGGAGGAAGAGGAGGAAAAAGAAGAUGGCUGCUGGAACCUGGUCCUGGCCAAGGAACUCAGCAGACAGAGGCAACUCUGGCCCGGCUCCUCCACAGAGCAAGCGUUCCUCUGCAAGGCCACAGGGGUAGCUCUGGCUGCGGCCAGAGAUGCCGAAGGGGUGACAGGGCACCUGCUGGAUCUGCUCUUGCACACGGAUUACACCAAUGAAGGCCAGCAGAAGGGCAUGGGCUGGUGCUUGGCCUACUGUGCGGAGGGUCACCUGGCGGAGGUCUUGGAAGCCCUGGGCCGCUUUGAGGCAGAAAUCUCUGAGGAAGAGGAUUCCACCUGCCGGCUCUGCGGCCAGGGCUUGCCUCAGCCGGAGAAGAGUGGCGUGAAGAGUGCCCUCCUGGGCCUCUAUGGUAGUGCCAUUAGCCAUGCCCCCCGGGAACAGCUUCUGCCUCCUUUGCUGGGGAGAAUCGUUGGCCGGAUGCUGCACCACUACCUGACUGCAGGAGGCCUGGAGAGAGCUAAAGGAGACACUGGACUGGCCCUGAGCUUUGCCCGGAGCGUGUCUGAGGUCAGCCUUGCCAUCCAGGGCCUGGGGGACGUCCAGAUGCCCCAAAAGCGAGACCUCCUGGACCAUCUUGUGGCCCUCCUCAAAGCUCAGCCCCUGGACCACCUGGACUCCCCUAUUUGCCAAGAGACAAUGGUUGCCCUCCGGCACUUGAGCCGGGUGCCGGAGGCGCUGAGCCCCGAGGAGAACUUGAGGCUGGCAGAGCUCUGCCUGGGCCACCUCUUUGCCCUCCCGCCUUCAGGGCUUGUGGAAGAUGCCAGUCAGGCUCUGUACCGGGGGGCCUUGAGGGCCCUGUCGGACCUGGUGGAGACCCUUCUGGAUGAUCGAGAGGUCUCAGGGUGGCUCCAGCAAGUCUUGCAGCUCCUGGGCUACUGCCUGGCAUCUGAGAGGGAAUGGGAGCGUGCCCGGUCUGUCCAACUUGGCACCCACUUGCUCAGGGCCCGGCGCCAGAAGACCAAGACUCUGCCACAGGCCCAGUGGGGUUCCUUCAGCCUCCUGGUUGGGGCACUGGUACCAUUGACUUACGACACACUGGGCACCAUCCGCCAAGGCGUAUCUGACUGCAUUGGGAUCCUACUGAGCCUCCAAGGUGCCACUCUCCCUCAGAAGCUCAAAAGUGAGGGAUGGCGGCUGCGCUGCAUCCGACAGGAUAUCUACCGCAAGAGCACCAAGAGGAUUCAGGCUGCCUCUCGCCAACUGGCCAAGGUGGUCAGCUGGUCCUUGCCCCCCGAGGAGAUCCUGCCCUUCCUCCGGGUCUUGAUGGAGCAACUGGGGGCCAUCAGUGCCCACUGUGACCAGGCCACCCUUCUGUGGUUUGAGGUGGCUGUAACAGAACGGGAAAUGGACCUGGAGGACAAGAUUUGUAACCUGGUCAGCGUCAUUUGCUCCCAGCUGCAGCACUCUGAGGAGCCCAAUCUGCGCCAGGGCCUGGCCUGUGCCGUCUGCGUUUUGGCUGAGCACCACUGCAAGGCCACCUGUGCCACUCUCCUGGAACAGGCGCUGCUUCCCCUGAGGACAAGGAAGAAACUUUGGACUGCGCUCGCCACUUACAAGGAUCUCUCAGUCCCAGUCUUGAAGCUUUUGUUCAGCUGGCUGAAAGCAGGCAAAGGAAGGAAAAGAGGAGGAGGAGGAGAAGAAGAAGUCCAUGUCCCUGACUGUGUGCCGGUGCUGGUUGCCCUCCAGGAUGUGGUCCUGGCUCUAGACAGCUGCACUGGGCUGUUCUCCCUCCUCUCUGCCCUCUGCUGCACUCUCCUGUGGCAACUUAGCCAAGAAGAGGGCGAUGAGAUGCCAACAGCGGAAACCUCUUCUGUUUCGGAAGAAAACAGGCAGCAUCGAGCAGGACCACUGGAGCUUCGUGGCUUGUCCGUUGGGGUGUUGCAGGCUGUGUUCAGCAAAGCUUCUCCUGAGGCUACGGUGGACCUGGGAGGCACCUGGACUGUCCUGAUGAAACCAGGGUACAGCCUCAAGGGCGCCGCCCUCCUGGGCAGGGCCUUCUUAACAUGCCCAGAGGACCCCUUCCUGGAUGGGCUGCUGCGUCGCCUCCUCCCUUCCCUGCGCUCCUCUAGAGCAGCCUCCAAGGACCUCAGCCUGGCCUUCUGCACGGAGCUCUCAGGGCUCCUGUUGCAUCGCAGACCAGAGACCCUUCCGCUCCUCCUGCAAGGCUGGCUGGCCAGGGCCAAGGAUGGGGGGCCCUCCAUGCGGUCUGUCUCUGUCCGAGGGCUGGGGAACGUAGUGGAGACCACUCCGCAAGAGGCAAAGCAGCACCAGGAAUCCUUGCUGGCGACUCUCCUCCAAGCAGCAGGCGACCCCACAAGCCCUGAGGUGGCCAGGGAGGGCCUGGAUGCCCUGCGCAAAGUGGUGGCGAGCGGAUGCUUUGGAAAGCACAGCAGACAUAUGCUCCAAGCCAUGGCCAGCCAGGCGCAGGAGCACUUCUGGCAUAUGAAUGGCGACCUUCGCACAGCUGCCUUUCAGCUCCUUGGGCAGCUGGCCGUCGUGGUGACACCAAAACACACCACGUCCUUUGCCAAAGUGGUUGUCAGAGGCAGCCUGGCUGCUCUCCUGGUGCACCUGAAGGACUCAAACCUUGUUGUGGCCAUGGCCUGCUGGGGGGCACUGGGGGCAUGUGCCCCAUUUGUGGGAUUGCAGGACCUCCUGGCCGACAUGCACGCUUGGCUGCUCCUGAUGGACGUCUCCGGGGCAUAUCACUCUCGCCUGAUGGAACGCGUCUGCCGGCAUUUGGCUCUAACUGACCCGGGACUGCUGGAAACCAUCCUGGCUGAGGUGCCCCAGUCUCUGUCCUGUGCUUGGGAGGAGAUCCAGCUGGCAGCAUGCAAACUGGCAGGAAUCCUCAUGGAGACCAUGGACACGCUCCGCCUUGGACGCCUGGACCUGGAGCCCCUCUUGCAAGCCCUCCAGACCCUGGCCCAGCAGGACUCCAGCGACGCCGCUGUGAAGACGGCGGCCUCGGACGCCGCGGCCGUUGUCCGGCAGAAGUGGCAGGAGCGCCAGGCCCAGGGAUGCCAAUGGAGAGCCCUUCCCGGCUGGUUCUUCAGGCGGCAGAGGAAAGGCAACCAUGGAAGAAGAAGGGCCCCCUGAAGUCUGAAGGGCCCUCAGACACAGAAAUAUAGCCUCUAGCAUAAAUCUGACACACAGUUGUGGAGUGUGGUGUGUCCUUGGGAAUGGCUGGGUUCAUCCACUCCCCCAAUAACAAAAUAAAAUC